UUGCCGUAGUGAGGCAGAGCAGAGAGCAAGUAAGGAAGAUGGCUGCGUUUGCUGCGGCGCGGAGAUUUUCAGGAGUUUUACGAUCUUUUUGCUCUUUGGUCCCUUCAGUCUACAGUGGCUCAUGCACUGUAACUCCAAUUUAUCGACUAUCUUCAUUUCAUAUUUCUCAGAGGCAGACAUCCAUAAGUUAUAUCCAAAAACCUUUUCAAUCUUUAGGCAGUACUUCAUCUGGACUUUGCUUCUCUAUAACAAACAGAGUGGCACCUUUGCUUCAAAAUAUCCUUCAACAGCAAGUAAGGACAGUCAUUAGUUACAGCUUACGAAAAGGAAAAAGAAAAACUGUGAAAUCAGUGAUUAAGAGAUUUCUCCGAUUGCACUGUGGCCUCUGGCUAAGAAGAAGGGCUGGUUACAAGAAAAAAGUGUGGAAAAAAUCAGCUAAGCGGAUGAAACGCUUGCGGGAACAUGUAUUCUGCAACAAAACACAAAGUAAAAUGCUUGAUAAAAUGACUACUUCCUUCUGGAAAAGAAGAACAUGGUAUGCCAAUGAUGCCUAUCAGAAAUAUCAUGAUCGUACAAACUUUCACUUGUGAAUUGUCAACUGCAAUUAAUCAUUUUAUCCUAUCUUUUUAGCAACCAUGUAGGAAGCUUCUAUUAAAUUACUUAUGCACAAUAACAGAUUAAA